AUGGUUAGCUCGAACUCCGGUCGAACACGCAUACAUCAACUGGAAAAUGUGAGCAACGCACUGAACUUCUUACAUGCACAAGGGGCACAUCUGGAAAACUUGGGAGCGCAAGACAUUGUCGACGGGAACCCGAGCUUGACUCUUGGUCUUAUUUGGAAAAUCAUUUUGCACUUUCAUGUACAAAAUGUAGAAUUACGAGAAGUCGGAGACAACACUCAAGUGCGGCGAGCAAAGGAUGCACUACUGCGAUGGUGCCAGAUAAAAACCGCAUCUUAUCCAGAAGUGCAAAUUAUAAACUUCACAUCUAGUUGGCGUAAUGGAUUGGCAUUUUGUGCCCUUCUUCACCGUCACUAUUCGCAUUUACUCGACUACCAGCUAAUGCUAAGUUUUGAGAAUGAACCUUGGAAACGCCUAGAAAUAGCUUUUCAACAAGCGUCGAACCACUUGGGUAUACCGAAACUCGUUGACCCGAUGGACUUAACGCAAACGUGCUGGAUGGACGAGAGGUGUAUCCUCACCUUGGUUGUCACAUGGUAUCGUUGGCUGAACGAAUCCCAAUAUGUGCGACUGGCUACCAACCGGGUCGGUCACGUUUUGGACCAAUGCAUUCAUAACGCUCGCAUGAUCAGCCGUCAUAUAAAGGACACUAAGCAUUUACUGCAAAUGCUAGGUAGGACAACCAAGCAAUUGGUCAGGACUCGAUGCUACUUAAAUGAAUACCACACCAAAUCCACUGGCUCCGGUUCCGAAGAUUUCAUAACAGACAUAUGUGCUGAAUUACGGCGAUUAAGUGAAUGGCGACAGAAAGAAAAGGUUGAACUGAUUGCCCUGAAAUAUAGGUUGGAAGGCCUGCUGUGCUGUCGUGUAAUCGAAACCAUACGCUCUCAGGUCUCACUGUGCUUGCAGUAUCACAACGAACUGUGUGCUCGGACAGAAAAAGUCGAACAGUGUCUGCAUGAUGGGCAGGAGCUCUAUGAGACAUUUCAAACUGACUUCAGACAGUUACUUCAGGAGAAAUUUUCGUUACACUCCGUUAUUGCUCCUAAGAUUGUGAUCGACACUGGGAGUGAAAAUGGAAUCCGGACAACGGAAGAUGACCAAGAAGGUGGACGACAACUUCUAGCAUACAGCGAGGAAAUGAAACCGCUUUUCGGUGAAUUCAAGAGAAUCUCUCUCGGCACAGAAUCCUACGGAACAACAGAUCCCGGAGAAGUGGUCGAUUCGGACACCGACGUUCACAUCGACAUCACCAACCCGCUAGACGAUGUGCAUUCGUCUACCACAGCUGAUACAAAAUCUGGUAGUAACCAAGACACAGAGACAGCAGAGAUAUUAGGGAGCAGAAACAGAAGUUCCAACGAAAUCAAACCGCCCGAGACUAAGGAGGAGAUACAGUCACAGCACGCAGAACGAAUUGAACGGAUUUGUUCAAAGAUUAAGUGCUGCAUGGCUGAACUUUUAUCCUGCUGGUAUGAACUGCAAAAAAGAUGGUACGAGAUUUAUCGGAAACUAACUUUGAAACUCAAUACGGCAAUUUUUAUGUGCGAUCUGAAUGCGAUGGAACGAUGGUUGGAACUUCACGAGCCGGAUCUCAAUUACAACGAGUUGGGUGACUCCGUCGAAUCCACAAACGGUUUAAUCCAGCGACAUCAGAUACUUAUUUACAAUCUAUCAAUGCAAGCCGGAAGAUUUGCCCGACUAAUGAAGCCUACGUUGCUAGAAAUCGAGCAGAAAUCCAGAGAUUGGGAAAGCGUGGGACUGCAUAAAGGUGAUUCGGAUUGGGCUAGUAUGCACGACUUCACAGUGUCAGUCCUGCCGUGGACCAGUGUAGAAGGAAGAGUUCACGCCCUACAACUGCGGUUUGAACUAAACGUGCCAAUCAUCCAUACCGAAUCGUCCUCGGAACCCGAAGAAUUAACUGCAGUUGUGCUGGACACUAAAGAAGAGGACGAAACUGAACAAAAACCACCGCUAGAAAGCAUAAAUGGGAAGUUAUCAUCCGUAGCUGUUUGA